CUUUUUCUUUUGCAAAUGGCACUAACCUAGGCAUGGCAUGGCGCAUGGUGGGUGCCGGGUAGGGCUCGAGCGAAACGCAUGGGCGCGCACAAGCAGGGAUUCCCCCCCACACGGCCCGUGCUGCAACAUCAUGGCCGUUUCCAUCGGUUGCUUCCUUCACGUGCAAUGCGUUAAUUGCUCGCAUGCCGCCUGCCAUGCGCCAGCACAGCCGUGACGGGUGUUUGACGAUGUGUCGCUCAUGCUUCGCUCCGCCCUAAUUCGUUUGCAACCGUCGUCAUCGGCUUUUUAACUAGGUUCAGCCUCCCGCCGCCCUAAGUUGACCACUAUCCACCACCACCACAACCACCCUCCAUCGCAUCUUCAGCCAUGGCUCCCAUCAAAACAAUCGCGUGGCGAAGCUUCAUGUACGCCUAUGGCCUACUUGCCGGCCUGCUGUGGAUCCUCAAAGCCGUUUUGAACGGCUCUGCCCUCCAGCGACCAAGCAAGAAAGCCAAGCACGAGCUUGCUGCCGCUCGAGACAAGCUCUGGAACCUCUCCCUCGAGCCGCUGCCCGGCUUCAAGCACGCUUUCUUCACCACCGAUGCCGGCGUUUCGCUGCAUUAUGUCGUCUCCUCGAGGCCCGUCUCUUCCAGCCCCAAUCUCGUCAUCCUCCUCCACGGCUUCCCGGACAGCUGGGCAUUGUGGCGAGAUUUCUUGCAGGAAGAGAGGCUGGAGGACGACACUGUGUAUGUGGCCAUGGAUCUCCCGGGCUACGGCGGAAGUGACAAUCUGGAAGAGUACAAUGCGUAUAACGUGCUUGAGGCCGUUGCAUCCUUUGUCUUGGGUAUGCGGGAUGAGCAUACAUCAGCCGAUGGCGUGGACUCGCUAGAGAGAGGACAAGUGCUGCUCGUCUCUCAUGAUUGGGGAGCAGCGGUAGCAUGCCGUCUUGCGGCAGAGGCACCGCAACUAGCGGACCACUUCAUCGUCACUAGUGUGGUGCAUCCGAGUCUCGUAUACGCAAACAUCCAAUCUCGCAUCUCGUCUGCGAGGCAGAUGCUCUGCACCUUCUCGCAUCACCCACUCUCAUCCCGUCCUCGCAUUCUCCGCAAUGCCAUCACCACCCUUUCCCCACUUGCCACUCAACUACUCAAAUCUCAUUACAUAUUCGUCUUCCUCCUGCCACCGGCCCUCCUUCGUAUCAUCAGUACUCUCGUUGGCAGCUGGUUCCUGCAAGCCGUCCACCGCUCCGCGUCAGCUAACGUUGACGUCGUGGAGGCUAUAGCCAGUAGCGUCGGCCCCGCUCCAGAGCAAUGCACCGAAGCACCCAGCACGGCUGCCGAUCCCCCACCUGGAAAGGGUGGGUUGACAUAUCCAGCCGCCGUUCGUCAGCGGGCUCGCGCCUCUGACGCCGGGCUCUCCCAAAAGAUCCGCUACUAUCGGGAAGGCCUCACGUUCGGCGAAUGGCGGAAGAGUCUUCAAACGAUUCUGGCGCUGUCAGCACUCGAGCCCUCGGCUCCAAUGCUUCAGCCGCGCAAAGACUCGGCCGCCUCGACCGGCAGCGGAAAGUCCACAGGCGGCACCAAUGGCCCCGCAUCGGGCUCUCUGCACCACCGGCGCCGCUCCAGCACCCCUGGUGCGCGUCCACGCAGCAACAGCCUCGCGGUCGGCGGCACGGUCUUCGACCCGAACCCGCAUGGUGCGUUCAAGGCGCCUGCGACGCUGGUGGUCGGCAUGCGCGACCUGGCGUUCGAAUGGCGACUUGCGCUCGAAGGCAUUGCGGAGUAUUUGGGCAAGGGUGGCGCGGUGGUGAGUCUGGAGGGGUUGGGACAUUGGUUCGUGAGGGACGAGGAGGGACUGCGCGUGCUGGGUCGUAUUGUGCGUAACGCGCUGGGCGAGAUGGACGGUGUGGAUGGGGCGUCGGCGGCCGUGGUGAACGGAAAGGGCGCUUUUGGUGUGGGUGCCACGCCGGCAGUGGCUGGGGGGUUGAGAAACGUGCCCGGUGUGAAGGUCUUGUGGGAGGGGUAGGAGAGGGUGAGAACGGUUGGUACCAGAUUGGGAGGAGUUGACCCGAGAAGGUAAGGAAGGACAGACUAGAUUGUGGGGGGAAUUGACACGGACGGAUGACUUUGCACGGCCUACCUAGGUAUUGUUAUGGGGGGCGUCGGUGCUGCAUUAUUCAUAUUCACGGCUGCUUGUACGAAUGCUUCUUUGUGUUGUUGUGGACUUGCUCGCUCGCUCGCAUGCUUGCUUGAUGCUGCUAAAAUGGUUAUGUGGAUGUGUGUCUGCGGUAUUUGAUAGGUAGGCCGGUAUGUGAUAUUUGUUAUUCGUUUGCUUGGUCUUUUGAUUAGUGGUGCUAGGUUCAGGCUGAGCAUUUUGUUUGAAAAGUGUAUUACGAUAGCUACCGUGUUGGAAAAUAUGUUAAGUAACUCGCCACGAAACUAGGC